CCAGGAAGGGAUUAAGCAGAAGCUCUGCACAGCACACAGAGGAUCUGGGGGAGGGGGGACCCUCUCCAAUUUACAUCCCCCCCUACAGCAGGGUCUAGCAAUAUGGCGACGGGCUCUACUGAUGAUGGCCCCAUUGGAAUCCCAUUCCCAGACCAUAGUAGUGAUGUUCUUUGUGCCUUGAAUGGUCAGCGACAGCGAGGGGAGCUCUGUGAUGUCCUCCUCCUGUGCCAAGGCCGUGAUUUUCCUGCACACCGCUCUGUCCUUGCUGCCUGUAGUUGUUAUUUCCGUCAGCUUUUCACCUCAGGUCCAGCAGCUUACCGUCUGACUGUCUAUCAACUGGACUUUGUGACAGCCGAAUCGUUGUCUGCUCUCCUGGACUUUGCUUACACAGCCACAUUAACACUUUGUGCCGAAAAUGUGGGUGAAAUUUUGGAUGCGUCUCGCUUGCUUGAAAUUAACUCAGUCCGAGAUGUGUGUGCUGACCUUCUGGAUGGGCCAUUCUUAGGCCACAGAGAGAGUGAAUAUCUGGGGGAUCCAGAAAACUUGAUGCGCGCAAAAGAGUACCUGGAAUAUUUUCAAAGCAAAGGUCAGGAGGAACAAGGAGGGAGUCCUUGGAGCCGCCAGUGCCCAUUAGAUGAUGAAACUGAACCAUCAGUUGAUGGAGGUGCUGAAUACCAUAAUGAUUUGCAAAUGAAAUGUGCAGAUGAACAGGUUUUGGAUGGAUGGCAAAAAAGGAUUGAGGACCGGACUCGUGUCUCUUCAUUGAAUGGACACCACAGUGUUCCAGUUGAGAAGGAACAGGAAGACCUUGACAAAGGGUCUGAUCUCUUGGAUUCCGGACAAUCUCCUUUAAUAAAGGGUGUGGUCGGGCGCCCAUAUAUGGGUGAAAUGGACAGUCUAACAGCUAGCACUCUUUUGCAGCACAUGAUGAGUGCAGCUCAGCAGGAAGGUCAAGGACAAGGAGAUGGCAGUGAAGACGGGCUCAUGGACUAUUACUUGAAAUAUUUUCGCGCUGGUCGUCCUGAUGAUGAUGAUGAUGAUGAAGAGGAGGAGGAUAUGGAAAAUGGAGGGGAAGAGUACCCAAAUUGGAGUCAGAAGGUGGAGAAAAAGAUGAGGGCAAAAGCUUUCCAGAAAUGUCCAAUAUGUGAGAAGGUCAUUCAGGGGGCAGGGAAACUACCACGACACAUCCGCACCCACACUGGGGAGAAACCAUAUGAGUGUGUGAUCUGCAAGGUUCGAUUUACCAGGCAAGACAAACUAAAGGUUCAUAUGCGGAAGCACACGGGAGAAAAACCAUACCUGUGCCAGCAAUGUGGAGCUGCUUUUGCACACAAUUAUGACCUGAAGAACCACACACGGGUACACACAGGGCUACGCCCAUACCAGUGCCAAGCCUGCCAUAAAACUUUUGUAAGGUCUGAUCACUUGCACAGGCAUCUAAAAAAGGAUGGAUGCAAUGGAAUCCCAUCCCGUCGUGGACGCAAACCCAGGGUCAGAGAGGGUGUUGCCCCCUUUGCUGUACCAACAGGAAAUGGCAAUGGACCCGGGGGAGAUCAAGACGAAGGUCAGGUGGUAGAAGCAGAUGGCACUUGCUAAAGAAAAUUAUAAUAUAAAUAUACAUAAAUAUAUAUAUAUAUA